AUGUCGCAACAUGUACGUCGCUAUGGCAAAUAUAUAAGCGAGAAAAUUUACACAUACAGGCUAUGUGCUUUUGAUUUUUGCAAAGUGAAACGAGGGCGUGAGGAUGGCCUUCUGCGAACAAUGAAUACGGACAAGGUGGUUGCUGUAUAUGCAUUGGAAAACUACAUCCAAAAUGACGGGGAUUUAUUACUGAAAACGUUGCCGAUUUUGCAAAAUCAAAUUGACGCUCUUCUCGAAUUUCAAGUGACAUCAGCUGAAUUGAAUAACGGCGUGAUCAAUUGCUCUUUCAUCCUUCUGUUUCGCGAUCUCAUUCGUCUGUUUGCUUGUUACAACGACGGUAUCAUCAAUUUGCUGGAGAAAUAUUUCGAUAUGCACAAAAAGCAGUGUCGCGAGGCUCUCGACGCAUACAAAUCAUUCCUCGUUUCGACGGAUGCGGCAGCGCCACAUUCGCUCAAUCCAUUCGCAGCGCCAGCGGCCCAGGCGCCAGCUGGCACCGGCUCUGCUCGAUCUUUGCCAGUAAAGCCAAGCGACGACCUUCUGGGCCUCUUCGACCCAAUGCCAGCGGGAACAGUGACAGUUACAACGGCAUACGGAAUGGCUCCAGCAAGUGCCACAUCACAGCCGGUGGUUCUGGACCCAACAAAUCCUUUUGCGCAGAAUGCUUUCCAGCAGCAGACAGCUUCCGUUAUGUCUCCCAAUUCCUCCGCGCCGGAAUUUUCAAUUUAUUCAAAUAUGGGCACAACGAAUACAUUUGGCGCCGACUUCUCCUUAGCGUUUGGUGCUGGGACUGCAGCCACCAGUGCUACUCACGAAAACGUCGUUGGAUUCAAUCCAUUUUUGGCGGGAGCCUCGGAUUCAACGGUUCCUUCACAGUGGGGCGUAGUGGACGAAGAGAGACAAGAUGCAGCACACGGUCAGACGCAGUGGGCUCCGGCUUCCCAGGUUGAGCUGGAAGAAAGCUCGGUGGGCCUGGGCGCAUGGGGUGCCAAAAGUAACGAAAGCAGUGAAAGCGGGGAUGAGGUCGCAGGCAUUGGCCUGAGCGCUGUGCAGCAGCAGCAGCAACAACAACAACAACAGCAGCCAAGCGAUGCGGUGAGCUCAGCACUCCGUAAUCCGUUUGGUGCUAUGCAGCAGAAUGCAGAAGGUGGGCAUUCGUUUCAUUCUUGGCUUACUGUCGUUUGGGCGAAUCUUUGUUAUCAGCUGGCAUAA